CACGUCGCGGUUGCGAUCCGCCAAUACUAAUUUAGAGAAGAAGUGAACCGUGACCAAGAAUCAUUUCAACGUUAGCUUUUUUGUGUUAUUUAGACGUUUAUUAAUAUUCUGGAACUCAAACUAUGACUAAUUUAAUUGUACAACAUCACACGUUUACCUCAUGUAUUCUUUAAUUCGCGUUGGAGACAGGACUUGGUUGAUAUACGUUAUCUAGGUAACGUUAACUAGCCGCUAACAAUGGCUAACUGUAUGGUUUUUCACACUCAAAUAGCCUCCAUCAUGGAGGUGCUAGCGAAUGCAGCAGUGGCAGAUAUCUGUAAACUCGUAGACGAUGACUAUGCAGUGUUUCGUUUGGAAAUGUCUCAAAGCCAGAAAGAAAACCGAGCAUUGCGGAGGAAACUUCAGCUACUGGAACUGAAGGUGUCACGGGAGCGCGUCCUCGCAAGUCGUCCCAGUAGUGUCAAGAUCCUCGACCGAAACAGAGGAAUGGCAAGAGGACAUCUCACUGGAGGCCAUAGGAGCUUUGUAAAGCCAGCAGGACACAAUACAUGGAGAGAUGACCCACCAAUCACUGUUGAUGAGGGUAGUGGAACCUCAACCAAUCAUGUUAUUGUGAUAGAGUCUGUAGAUGCUGAGGGUGCAGGGCCUGGGGUCAAGCUGGAGAGGUCUGAAGGAGAGAACCCAGGGCAAAGCACAGACAUCCAGACUGAAGCGGCUGGAGUGCUCCCUGUAGCCACGGAGGACCCCACCCCCAUGCCGCCCAGAACCCGACGCAGCAUCACGGAGGUCAGUGGAACGCCGAACGCUGUCCUCAAGUCCGAGACAGACACUGAGACCUUAACUGUAGCACACAGGCUUUUACACACAGGAUCUGGCCACAGAUCCGAUCCAGAGAGACUGGGGCCACUGGGCUGUCCUCCUGCUCCUGGCACAGAGUAUUUACCGGUAUUUCACCAGAGCCAGAAGACGGUUAAUUCCUGUGGAAAUACUGAUGGUGAUGCGUUAGACUCUGGUGGUGAUGAUCUGUCUUGUUUUUACACUACAGAGAUGGACUCUGGCAACAUAUCCUUGGGUUUAGAGACACAGACUGAUCUGUCUAGAGGGGACUGGAACCAGUACAGUAGUAGUGUAUACUCUGAAGGGUGCCUAGAUAAGAAAGGGGAGGUCAUAGCUGUAGAUGAUGUGACUGUCAAAGUGGAGGGCGACACUCCUCUUACAUGGAAUGCAGACGAGACUCACUUAGGAGAAGGACACUCACAAGAUUUCUUAGAUUACAGGGAAAGCUCAGAGACAAAUCCAAAUGUCUCGAGCCACUCCCCUGUACGCACGCUCAGGGAUCGGGCCCCAGUGUCCACGUCGAAGGGGCCUUCCGAUUCACACUGCCGCGUCCUUUUCGAUCAGGUAUCGAACUCAAACGACAGGGCUAGAGCUCAGGGAGGGGGAAACACAUCAGGCAGUAGUAAAGGGAAACGCUUCCUCUGCAUGUUCUGUAGCAAAGGCUUCAGCUGCCUCCAGAAAGUGGAGAUCCACCAGAGGGUCCACACAGGGGUGAAACCCUUCAGCUGUACCCAGUGUGAUAUGCGCUUCGCUGAGGCUGGCAGCCUGAAGAGGCACCAGAGGGUCCACACAGGGGAGAAACCCUACAGCUGCCCCCAGUGUCACAUGCGCUUUACCCAGGCUGGCAGCCUGAAGAGACACCUGAAGGUCCACAUGGGAGAAAGGCUGUUCGUCUGAGGUUCUCAGAGAGGAGCUACCUCAGGAUACCCCAGCAGAAAAACGAUUCCACUUUAUAGCUUAUUGCGUUUAUAUCCAACCAUGCUAAGAUUACUUUUCAUUGUAGUGGGCAGAAAAGAUCCACGGAUGCAUUUUGAAUUACGAGAGUAAAAGAUUUCAGUGUUGAAUAUUCCUGGGUAGAAUAUUGCAUCCAGACAUUGUGUGAUAUACACUGAGUGUACAAAACAUUAUGAACACAUCGCUAAUAUUGAAUUGCACCCCCCCUUUCGCCCUCAAAACAACCUCAAUUAGUUGGGACGUGGACUCGAAAGCGUUCCAUACGGAUGCUGGCCCAUGUUGACUCCAAUGCUUCCCACAGUUGCGUCAAGUUGGCUGGAUGUCUUUUGGGUGGUGGACCAUUCUUGAUACACACGGAUAACCAAUUUGUAAGUCGCUCUGGAUAAGAGCGUCUGCUAAAUGACUUAAAUGUAAAUGUAAAUAACUGUUGAGCGUGAAAGACCCAGCAGCGUUGCGGUUCUUGACACAAACCGCUGCGCCUGGCACUUGCUACCAUACCUCCUUCAAAGGCACUUACAUCUUUUGUCUUUCCCAUUCACCCUCUGAACGGCACACGUACAAUCCAUGUCUCAAGGCUUAAAAAUCCUUCUUUAACCUGUCUCCUCCUCUCCAUCUACAAUGAUUUGAAGUGGGGUUAACAGGUGACAUCAAUAAGAGAUCAUAGCUUUCACCUUGUUUCACCUGGUCAGUCUGUCAUGGAAAGAGCAGGUGUUCAUGUUUUGUACACUCCGUGUAUAAAGCACAUAAGCCUAAAAGGUCUGUUACAUAUUGUGUUUGUACUGUGUAGGCUAUGUGAUGUUCACAAAUGCCUAUUUCAUUACAUUCAUUGAACUGCUUUCCCGAGACACUUUUAAUGAGGAAAUGAAUGCAAUUUAUCAAGUUCAUGCGGGUUUUUAGUUGAUGUGUAUUAUGGUUUUCAUAUGCUCUAUUUAACACUUAUGUUUAAUAAACAUAACAUUUUACUUCAAGGCUAUCUUUGAGACUUUCUUUAGUAUACAUCACAUCUGAUCUCACCCUAUUCUGCAUAAACAGAACUUUAUAACCAAUAUACACUUCCUAAAUAUACCUACACAUACCCACACACUAACAAACACAUACUGUACAUGUCAAAAUAGUUUAGUCAUGUUUGUCUGACUUGACUUAUCAUUGCUGACUUAUUUUUACCCACAACAUAUUUAUGUCCACCAUGAUGGGUUCAACAACAAUGAAGUCAUUAUGUAACUACAGUAUAGAACUCAAACAUAGUGGGGCCGGGUAAACACUCCGGGGCCAUACUGCAAAAAAAUUGACGAAUGUUCAGACUAAGCAUCAGGCAAUCCAACACAUAACAGAAGUGUAACAGCAUGUACCUAUAAUCAAAGCAACUACAUCAUGUAGUUUACUGACUGAUCAAAUUGCUUUCUAUGUAGAGUGUCUAGCUCCAUGUAAUUGUCGCAGAUUGUGGCAAGGGUUCCAGAUUGUGGCAUGGGUUCCAAUCUCACUUGAGUUUUUUUCUCCCCCCUUUUGAAAUGUAGAAUUAUAUUUGUGUGUUUUGAAGGGACGUAGCCUACAGCUUGAAAAUGAAUAUUUAAGAAUGAAUUUAAUUUCUUCAGCCUUGCAGACAAACACUGCUAUGACCUAAUAUCCAUAUAAUACAGCUUAUGCAAUAUGAUUGUGUACACCUGAAUGUAGCCCUACAAUGUUUUAUAUGCAUUUUUAUAGUCAUCUACUUCAUCACAUGUGUUAUUUGACUUGAAGAUGAGCAUUGUGUACUAGAGUAGGAUUACAGGUUGUACUCUCACUAUCAUCCUACAGAUGGCAGUAUUGCAGUUUAUUUUAAAUACGUUUAUCGAGAGUCCAGAGGACAUUAAUUGACCGUUCUAAUUGAGGAAGACGUUUGGCUGUAUCAGUAUCAGAUGGUGAAUUACUUCUAUUUGAUUGUCAUCUUACUCACUGAUUCUCAUAUUCUGUAAUAUAGGAACUCCAACAGUAGAGCUAUAGCCUACAUCCAUUCACAUCAGAUAGUGUCCUCCUUAUGCUGUAACCUAUUAAUGCAUAUGGGACUUUGCAUGGUAC